UGCGUGUUCGCUCCGCGAUCCGGCCAGACAGGAACACUACACGACGUAAACAUCACGACACUGGCUGAACAUGCACUGAUCCAGCGCAGGGAGUAUGAAUAAUGAUUGUCGGCCGCAUGUAGAGCGGAGCACGGAGUCCAGGAAGGAACAGGACGCUUCAGCUACUAACUUUAUUGAGAUCGGCGGCAUUGUCAGCGCUGCCCCAUGCUACCAUCGACUGGUAGUCGAUGAGCUAGGCCAGAGUAAUAGAUACAGAGAUUUCUUUGCAGUAACAGCAGGCCAUUAAUUUUAGCGAGUGGAGAGAUAUCGCUAUGCCACGGAGACAGCGCAACUCUCCGCUAGUGCUUGUUGUUUGAUUCAGUGAGUUUUUGUGUCAAUUUUCGUUGUGCUUGUGCGUGUGCGUGCUUUGCAAUGGCAUCAUCGGGGGCAAAAGCUGCAGUGCGCUGUCGAGUGAGUGUUCUGGGCCUGUCCGGCAAAGACAAAGGCCAGUUAGGUGUUGGCAAGAGCUGCCUGUGCAAUCGCUUCGUCAGACCCAGCCAGAACGAGUUCCGGGAGGAUCACAUUAGCCAGUUUGGUAACAGCGACUGGAUGAGCUUGGUGAUCAACCAGCAGCACUUCCUCUACUGGGGGCCAGUGGACAAACGCGUCGGAGCCGACAGCGAGCGCACAGUGACGUUCGAGGUCGUGGAGCAGACUGAGUUUGAGGACGACAGCAGCUUCAAGCCGUUCGGCGUAUCGGGUUCGAAUACCUACCUAAAGCGAGCCGCAUCGACCAAAUUGGUUAGUUCCGGAAAACUUAUGUACAUCAACAAGGACCAGGUGGCGCUCCCGACCGACUAUCCGGUGGAGAAUCUGCCCCAGAAAUUCGCUGUAGAUGGAUUCCUAGUGGUGUUCGAUGUGAGCAAACAGCAGUACAGAGCCGCAGACAGCCAGCUCAAUCUGCUCACAAAACUACUGCCCAUUCUGCAUAAGCAGAAGAAGCCGAUUGUAGUGGCGGCGACAAAAUGUGACGAGCUAUCGGAAAAGCUCCUGGAGGAUCUGGAGGCGGCGGUGGCCAAAAGCGCACGUGGAGUGCACAUCGUGCAGACAUCGGCAAGCGAAGGAGUAAACGUCGAUGCAGCUUUCUUUCUCCUGGAGCAGCUGCAGACGCAGCGCAGCUCACGAUCUCUCGCCCGAGUUCCGACCUUUGCGGAAGGUGCGCGGGUCCGUCAAGAGGAGAAGGAGGCAGCCCGUCGCGUGUUCCAACGCUUGCUCGAAGCCAAAGUCAGUGACUUCCGAGUGACGUGGAAUCGGGCUCAGAAGAUUCUCAAUGGCCACGAGGACUUCGAGCAGUUCGUGUCCAUCGCCGGAAGCCAGGCGGCCAAACGCGCAGUGCUGCAGUUCGUGCGUCGCUUGCAGAGCGAGAAGCGAGCCGAGCGACUGACUCACUACCAGCAGUUGCUGCCUGACGUGCUGCUCAAAGUCCUAUCGCCUGACGCUCGUGGAAAGUCUUUCCUGGUGGAGAGCGGCAGCACGAGUUGGGAAGAGGCCAAGGAGCUACUGCGUGAAAUGGCUGAGUUCGAGCGCCAUUUCGUCGUGUUGCCCGACGACUGUCACUGGCACGACGACGAAAAUCUGGUGAGCACGGACGUGCGAAUCCCGGCUGACAUCCUCAACGAAGAGUUCGCCAAGAAUAGCUUCGAUUCUCUGCGCCGCAAAGCCCAGCUGAAGGCAGAUCAGGAGGAAGUAGCCGGUCAUCUGCGAGCGCUACUGAAUGAAUGGCAAAACAAACUCUCGCCAGGCAUGGACUGGACGACCAGCAACCAGAUUCUCAUGAAUCACCCUCGCUACAAGCAGGUGCCGGAAACCGUUGCCUUACCGACUUUCGAGAAGUUUGAACAGGAGCUGCGCGAGUCGUGUCGCAAUGCGCUCGGCGAACUGCUACUGGAGCGCAUCGAGCUGUUCGACUCUUUCUCCUCCGCCAACGCUCAGGCGACCAACGAACACAUUCAGGACCUUGAAAGCCAGCUCAAGAAUGAGCCACAGUACACGCGUCUGGACAUGUGCCCCAGCGACCGCAGCACAGUUCUCUGGAACACGGUGGCCGCUUGUCAUCGGCCACAUCUCAACGGCGAUGUCUGUCACGCCAUUGGCCGUUUGCACAGUGAGAAAACGUGGAUGUUGCCCGACUACAAGUGGUUCUUGGCACCUGACGAUCAUCACAUCAACGUGGUGCUGCUCGGAAUGGACCAGCUACCGCAUGAACUCAACAAGGAGAUUGAGGGCUGCAAGUCCGCGGGCCGCAUACGCCUAUCGCACCACGAGGACAACCACUUCGAUCUGACCGUCAAGAUCAUCAACUCGUCACCGUUGUCGGCGGAUUCGUUCAUUGACGAUGACUUUGCUCCGCAAGGUAUUAUCGGAGUGUUCUCCUCUCCCGAGUCAGUAGAAUAUCUCCAGCGUGUCCUCAACGGUAUCAUGCUUCACGCCCCGUUGCAGUCGGCACUGGACCCUGUGCCGUUCCGCGGACUGCCGUGCGCGCUUGUCAAUGCCGUCGACCAUCACAAACCAGAAGUUGACCACCUGGAGGUGGAAGCCAACGGACAGCGCUUGGCAUAUCGACUACAAUGUCCGGUGAUAUCCGGGCGAACUAAGGAGGAUGGCAAGCGUGUGACGGCAUUGCAGGCCAUCGAAGCCGUCAGUAGCCUGGUGAACGGUAUCAAGCAUCGGCACACCUCUCUCUACUCUCUGCCGUCGCCAGAGCCGGACUUGAAAAUAGCACUGUGCUGUCUGGCCAACGAUCAGAUCGUGGCGGAGCGUAUUCUCGGCCCGUUCCUGCGUCACCAGUGCUGCUGGCGGCCAGCCACGUCCACCAGCGGCUACACGGACACGCUCUACUUUGAGAUGUGUUUUGGACGCAGCAUGCGUCUGGUGCAGGUCAAGGUGCACUCGUCCAUGAGUGUCGAGCAUAUCACCAAGGACCUGAAGCAUGGCAUUCUCAUUGUCCACAGCGCGGCCAGGAAAGCAUCUCUGGUCGUGGCUAGGCGGUUACUAAGGAAGUUGCCGGCCAUUCCGAAGGCACUGGUUGCCGUCACCACAGCGGAGGUUACUGAGGAGGAGAGCCCGGAGUUUGCGCUGCUCUCGGAGAGCAACCAGUCAGCGGCGUCCAGCUCCAGUGCCCAGGCGGUGACCGCUGGUCCUUCAUUCCAGUUCGAUGAGGUUGCGUUCACCGAUUUCCUCAACGAGACGUGGGAUAGGCACGAGGCCAGCGUUCAGACGCAGACAGCGCCAGUCCAGCGGCCCCGCUGUAACACACCACCAGCCGGUGGCGGCGGAGGUAGUGCCGGAGGCAGUGGCAGCGGCGCAGGCGGCAUGACCAGGAGCCAGAACGCGUCCUCGUCCUCGCUGGGCGUACGCACCCUGCCCUCGGGCAUGAGCCGCUCGGACAUACACUCGGUGCCGCUGGUGCACAAGCGUGCCGUGUUCGACGACAUGGAAGUGCAGUCGUCCUCCUCGUCGUCGUUUCGCUCUCCCGCGCGUCCCCACAGCAUGUCGUUCGAGACGCCGUCGCGCAGCAGCAUGGACUUCUCGACGGACAGCAGCAGUUACGACACGGAGUACACCACGGUUCCCGGCACCACUACUGGCUUUGUGUUCUCGGCCACUCCGGGGCGCACCAGUCCUCGGCCGCACGCCCGCAAGUCGUCCACGCCGGCCGCGCUCUCCCAGGGCAGCAGUGUGGAGGCGAUCGGCGAGACACACUCUCACACCACUACCGCUGUGCCGGCGUCACGCUCUUCGGGCUUGGCAUCCGUCCUGGCACGCGGCCUGGGUACGCUGCCCAGAGCGCGUCGUCGCACCUCGCAAUCACCGUCCACCACCUCGCACACGUCCGAUUCAGGCAACGACGAUUCAUCGCUACUGGCAGCGGGCCACGACCACCUGGAGUCCAGCAAUCCGGAGGCGUUCUACGCCGAUCCGGCUGACUCGCUCAUAUCCAAACGACGACAGCCGGGCCGCCGACCGAAGAUCAGUUCGUCGAGCAGCCUGCCGCUCGGCGGGUCUAUCCGCUCACACGGCCAGGCGUCCAACGUCUCCUCGGUAACCAGCGGUGGACUGCCCACGCCCGACCUGGAAGAGUACGCUACGCCGGCCGAUGCGCGGACGUCGCUGGCGUCGACGCGCUCCUCGGUCGGUUCGACGAGUACAGCACCGGCGGCCGCCAGCACAGCAGCAGGGUUUGUGCGGCCCAGCUCUGACCUGGAUGACUAUGCUGACCCGUGGGACAUCGGGCCCGGAACGAGACCAGCGUCGGAAUCCGCCGAAGGAACAUCAUCGUCAGCGGCGGGACUGCAGUCGGGCAGUGCGCAAGAGGAGUACAUGCUACCGGCGGACGUUAUGAAAACCUCCAGGCCGCCGUCAUCGCCUCUCGUCUCCAACUCUGAAUCAUCAAUGUUCUCAUCACUGACACCGAAAUUAUCGUCAUCGUCGAUGCCAGGCGAGGAGUACGCUAUGCCCGCUGAUGUGAUGCCCAAGAAGAGUCCGGCAGCCUCGGUACGUGGCGAUCGUAACCGACCCAAGAAGCCCACCGCGAGAGUGGUCGACGACUACGCCUUUCCACAUGACGUCUUGAAACCCAAGCCAAACGAGUCCGGAAAGUCGUCCACUCUUCCGCAGCAUUUCAGGACGGGAGUGGGUGCCGCAGCAAUCAAACCGCCCACGUCGAAGCCCCCACCCCUAACCAAGCCCUCUCCGAACACUCGAUCCAAACCUUGGGCGUCGCUCUCGCUCAGAAAGUCACCGUCCCCCGCCGCAUCCAAGCCCCCUGUUUUGCCGCGUCACGAUUCUAGCCCACGGUUGAGCUCGGAUAAGCCGCUUAUCCCACCCAAGGACAUGGCUAGCCUGCGAGACACGUUCGCCUCCAUCUCUAAGGACAUACCGAGCGCAGUGGUGGCGUCUCGAGAGUCCAGCACUUCCUCGCCCCUGGUGAAGGCAAGGCAGCGCCCCCCGAAGCCAGUGCCCGCCGCCAAGCCCAGCACGGAGGCUCGACUAGCAGCAGCCAGGGACUCCAGCAACCAGUCCAUGUACACUAUGGUGGUGCCGACAAGCACGGGGAAUUCCACGUCGGCCGCAGCGGCGGGGGCAAGCGCUGUUGGAGCCUCCACGCAGGACGCCCUAGCUCGCUCGUCGUCCGCUAACGACGCCGACAAACGCGUGGCACUCUCACCGGUCAGGGAGCAGAUCAGCGGAAUCACCACGAGUGGAAGCAGUAGCGCUACGGCUGCCAUGGCAACCAGCACGAGUGCGCAUCAACGGCAUCCGAUUGCUGAACGCCGGUCAUCGGGUCAAGGAUCUGUGGCGUCGUCCGGUGGAUCUGACUCGGUACUAAGCAGCGAGGAGGACGAUCUGCCGACGGUGUCGCGCUCUCAGCUGCAGCGCAAUGCUACCGGCCUAAGAGAGGCGGCGACACAGUCAGGGGCAGAGAGUGGUGACUUGAGCAUUGCGCACGAGGUGGAGCGCCUCUAUGCAUUAUCGGCAAGUCAGGUGGGACCUAACUCACCACCUCCAGCUCCUCCAUUGCCGGACAUUCCGCUAGGGUACGAUGGGUACGAGGUCAAACACUCCCUCGAAGAAGAGAUUCGGCGGCGGCGCAAGAACUCCUUGAACAAGAUACAACUAGUGAAGAUGAACAAUCAGCCGAUGGUGGACGGAAGUGACUCUGAGGACGAGCCACCACCUCCAGUACCCCCUCGCCUAUACUCAUUCUCCGAGUCGGAAGAGGAUGAGGAGAAUCUCAACAGCAGCAGUUUGGAGAUCUCCACAAAGAGUACUAGCAGUGCUGGUGGCGGAGGCGGCGGUGGUGAAGGAAAGGUUUCCACUCUUAUGAGGAAGGCACUGCAGAGACAGAAACUCUCCAAAGAAGAGAAGGAGAAGCGGCGGGCAGAGCGAGAGAUACGCCGCGAGGAAAAGAAGCGCAAGACCAAGAAGUGGAAGAAAGAAGAGGUGGAGCGACUGCGGCAAGAGGCUAACGCCCGUUAUGUCCGGAUCUUCAAGACCUCUCUACAGGAAUCUCCAACCCGGAGUGAGGAAGCCCUCGUUCCCAUGUUUGUGGAGGUUUGUGUGGAGUUCAUCGAAGCAAAUGGUAUAACCUUUGAAGGACUUUACAGGGUCUCCGGAAACAAGUUGGAGGUCGAUCAUCUGCGUGAGCAGUACGCGUACGCACCGGGAGUGGCAGUGUGUAACGAGGCAUCGUGCAUCACCGUGGUAACCAGUGCACUAAAGUCGUUCUUUCACAUGCUUCCCGAACCUCUGAUACCGACCUCGCUCUACGCUGACCUGGCUGCUGCCAUAGAUACGACUGAAGAUGCUGAAGUGCAGGCCGCAGCCGUCCGCAGCAUCCUGCUGUCAGCAAUGCCUGCCAAGGAACUGGCCGUUCUCACGUUCAUGGUUCAGCACCUGUACCGUGUUUCGCUGAACUCCCAGGAGAACAAGAUGACGUCACGCAACCUGAGCAUUGUGUUUGCACCCAACUUCACACAGCCUCCGCUGGACAACUUCUCGACGUCGCUGACCUCCUCACUCAGCCAAGUGGUUGCUCUGAUGAUCUCGCAGUGCCACCUUGUGUUUGGUACCACCGGCUCUGCUGCAGGGCGCACGGGAACAGGCUCAACGCCAACGAGAGAAGCGCCUUCCGCUGGACUUAGCAGUGCAUCCGCUGCGAGCUUGACCAGCGACAGCGCUGCUCGUGGAGCUCCUCUCCCAGCGUACGAAGUCGUAUCUCUGUCAAACCCAGGCUCUCGGCCACCAUCCGUCACUGAUAGUCAUCCAUCCAUCGCUACAGCUUCAACCAGUGCAGGUUCCUCGCCGAAGCUACCUAGACGAAGUCCGUCGCAGAAAUCCCCGGCACCUUCCGCUUCUGCGAAUCCCCCUGAGGAGAUUGAGAUGUAUGGCAGGACUCCUGUAUGGGGAGCUCGAUAGCGGAGGAGGCAACAUGCGCUGCCCCAGUGCGUGUGUAUGUGUAUCUGUUUGUGAAUGUGUGUGUGUGUGUGUGUGUGUGUGUGUGUGCGCGCGCGUGUGCGUGUGUGUGGGUACAUGGUGUGUGUGUGUGUGUGUUGUGCAUGCUUACAUGCUUACACGCAUGAGCAUAUGUGCACGUACAUAGAGUGCGCACCACUCGAUACAAGUCAUGAUCCAGCAGAUAGUAAACCCCGAAAACCAGUAUCUUGAUAUAAUAGCAGAAUUUCUCCGCACUUUCUGAUCCUCUCGUAUCCUCAAUCAUUUAUUUUUGAUUGUCUUGCUACUAACAGACCUCUGCAGUCAAUUUGUGUGAAAAGAGUGAACACUUCACAGUGGUUGAGCAUGCACGAUAUUCUAAUGGCCAUGUCAAAGUGUCCGGUGAUGAACUGUGAUGCGAGGCGGUCAUUGCUCAGUUGUUCGAUUGCCGUCACGAGUGCUCGUCCCACCUUGAAUACGAAUUUAUAUUAGACGCUGCCGAUUGCUGGCUCUUCGGUGACUUUCCUACGUGUGUGCUGCUUCAAUAUGGUAGCCUGUUGUUCAAUUUCUCAUUCCCCACCGAUUUGAUCUAUCGAUUCCAACCAGUACAGGCACAAGUACGAGUACAAUGAUUUGCGAUUUCCCCCCAGUACACUCAGCCACUCCAUUCUGCGUCAUUAUCAUUGUUAUGCAUGGUAUCAUGAUGACAUCAUUGGUGAUGUCAUGGCGGUAUGACCAUCAUCUUCAUCGCCAAUCAAUCACAACCUCUAUCACCAUCACAAUCAUUUCUAUAAUAUUAUUGCAAACAGCUCCAGCUCGUGUAAGCUAUUUUCAAAUACUGUCCACCUUACCAAACGAGGUCAGUGUCUUCACUGCCUGGCCGAUGUUUUACAAUAUUGUUCAGAACAA